GAGGGCAGCAGCGCCGCGGCUCCUCUGGGGCGGACGCUUUCCACUCUAAACCACCGCCUCUUUCUCUAACUGCACUGGGGCAGAUUUAUGCCUGAGCUUUUUUAUUUAUGAACACCAGUCCGCCGCCCCCCUCCUCCCCAGGACCCCUCCAGGACGGCGUGACGGCGUCAAUGAAGCGUGAAGACGACAUGGGAAGCCCCAUGUGCCCGAGAUGACCGGUGAUUUGGUCCAAAGAAUCUCUUUUUGUUGUUGUCGCCAGAGAGGGAAACUUAAAACAAGGCUUGUUUUUGGAGUUCCACCUCCCCUCCUCUCUCCCCGUAGGAUUUGAUUCAAAGGCGAAAACCAAGAUGGCCGCCGAUUCCGUGCAGGGGGAUGCCAGGGGCCAGCUGGUGGCAGAGCGACUGGGUCUGGGACACAACCUGGACUUGUCCGACACCAUGGUUCAACAGAAGCUUGAUGAGAUCAAGGAGCAGAUCCGACGUGAGAUCCGCAAGGAGCUGAAGAUCAAAGAAGGUGCAGAGAACCUCCGAAAGGUCACCACAGACAAGAAGAGCCUGGCGUAUGUUGACAACAUGCUGAAAAAAUCUAACAAGAAGGUUGAGGAGCUUCACCAGGAGCUGCAAGAGCUUAACGCCCACAUUGUGGUCAAAGACCCUGAAGAACUUUUAGAAUGCCCUUUGACCCCCGAUACGCCCAACAGUGAGGCGAGAAUGUGCACCAGCAGCAGCCGCCUGGCUGCCCUGAAAAGACAGAAUGACAUUGAGCUCAAGGUCAAACAGGGUGCAGAGAACAUGAUUCUGAUGUACUCCAACGGGCCCUCCAAGGAUCGUAAGAUGCUAGCGACCGCCCAGCAGAUGCUCCAGGACAGCAAGACGAAGAUAGAGUUCAUCAGGAUGCAGAUUCUCAAGGCCAGCCAGGCCAGCGAGCUGAGCUUUGAGAACAACGAUAUGAUGGACAAGCCCAUCAUCAGCCCGUUGGACCUUCGGGUGGAGGAGCUGUGUCACCACGCCAAGAUAGAGUCCGCCGUAGCAGAGGGAGCCAAGAACGUCAUGAAACUCCUGGGCUCGGGAAAAGUCACAGAAAAGAGAGCACAUUCAGAGGCCCAGGCUCGUUUUAAUGAGUCUAGUCAAAAGCUCGACCUCCUGCGGUAUUCCCUGGAGCAACGCCUCAACGAGUUGCCUAAAAACCACCCUCGCAGCAGCAGCAUCGUAGAAGAGCUGUCCCUGCUGUCCUCACCGGUCCUCAGUCCCAGAUCCAGCAUCAUCUCCACGCAGAACCAGUACAGCACCGUGACUAAGCCCGCGGCACUCACAGGCACAUUAGACGUCAGGCUCAUGGGCUGUCAGGACCUUCUGGAAAACGUCCCCGGUCGUUCCAAAGCUGCAUCCGUCCCGCUGCCCGGCUGGAGCCCCAGCGAGACGCGCUCAUCCUUCAUCAGCCGAGCAAACCGAAACCGCGGUGUGAGCUCACGGAACCUGACGAAGAGCGAGGAGCUCUCCAAUGAGAUCAGCGCAGUAUUGAAGCUGGACAACACGGUAGUUGGCCAAACAAGCUGGAGGUCGGUCAGUAACCAGGCCUGGGACCAGAAGUUUACAUUGGAGCUGGACCGGUCUCGUGAGCUGGAGAUCUCGGUGUACUGGCGUGACUGGCGUUCGCUCUGCGCUGUCAAGUUCCUGCGACUGGAGGACUUCCUGGACAACCAGCGUCAUGGGAUGUGUCUGUACCUGGAGCCUCAGGGGAUGCUGUUUGCUGAGGUGACAUUUUUCAACCCUGUCAUUGAGAGACGACCAAAGUUACAAAGACAAAAGAAGAUUUUCUCGAAGCAGCAAAGUAAAACCUUCCUGCGAGCCCCUCAGAUGAACAUCAACAUCGCCACCUGGGGCCGCCUGGUGAGGAGAGCCAUACCGACCGUCAGCACCAACUCCUUCAGCCCGCAGGCGGUUGAGACUGGGACCAGCAGCCUGCCUGGUUCACCCACACCCUGCGGUGACCCGCUGGUGACCAAGCUGGACUUUGACAAAGAGCCCACCCCGGGACCCAAACACUACCCAGCACCCGACGACAUCGGAGAGCCGCUGGUGCAGGAUAAGAUGCCUGACAAAGAGGAGGUACAGGAUGCACUCGCCUCUUUCGACUUCUUGAACAAGAGGAACAGCGCGGUGGUGAAGCCGGACCUGGACGGAUUGGCGGAGCAGGAGAUGCAGCAUCCAGGCCUGGAGCUUAUUGCCAUUCAGAAAGACACGGACAUAAGGGAAGAAGAGCAGUUCCACUUCAGCCUCCAAGACUUCAAAUGUGUGGCGGUCCUUGGACGUGGUCACUUUGGAAAGGUGUUGUUGGCAGAAUAUAAAAGCACGGGUGAGAUGUUUGCCAUCAAAGCGCUGAAGAAAGGAGACAUUGUGGCUCGCGAUGAAGUGGACAGUCUAAUGUGCGAGAAGAGGAUUUUCGAAGCGGUCAACAGCGUCCGCCACCCGUUCCUGGUCAACCUGUUUGCGUGUUUCCAGACGCAGGAGCACGUUUGUUUCGUCAUGGAGUACGCGGCGGGAGGCGACCUGAUGAUGCACAUCCACGCCGAUGUUUUCUCCGAGCCCAGAGCCAUAUUUUAUGCAGCCUGCGUCGUAUUGGGAUUACAGUUCUUACAUGACCAUAAGAUUGUGUACAGAGAUUUGAAGCUGGAUAACCUGCUCCUGGACACAGAGGGCUACGUAAAGAUUGCUGACUUUGGGCUUUGCAAAGAAGGAAUGGGUUUCAAGGACCGCACCAGCACGUUUUGUGGCACGCCAGAGUUUCUCGCUCCUGAGGUUUUGACUGAAACGUCGUAUACUCGUGCUGUGGAUUGGUGGGGGCUGGGCGUCCUCAUCUUUGAGAUGCUGGUUGGGGAGUCGCCCUUCCCCGGUGACGAUGAGGAGGAGGUGUUUGACAGCAUCGUCAACGAUGAAGUCCGCUACCCACGAUUCCUCUCGACCGAGGCCAUCUCCAUCAUGAGGAGGCUUUUGAGAAGGAAUCCAGAAAGACGACUGGGAGCAGGAGAUAAGGACGCAGAGGAGGUUAAAAAACAUCUAUUCUUCAGGAACAUGGAUUGGAACGGACUCUUGGCAAAAAAGGUGAAGCCGCCGUUCGUGCCGACGAUUCAGGGCGCCAACGACGUCAGCAACUUCGAUGAUGAAUUUACCUCAGAGGCUCCGAUCUUAACCCCGCCCAGGGAACCCCGAGCGCUGAACUCCGACGAGCAGAACAUGUUCUCUGACUUUGAUUACAUCGCUGACUGGUGUUAGCUUCCCGUCUACAACACACACACACACACACACUCACACACACACACACACUGUGAACCGACCAACACAGCAAUGACUGUAGCUCACAUCAUUUAAAAAACUUUCCUCGUCCUUGCCCAAAAUGUUGAGGAGGAGCAACGAGCGCGGCGGCUCCCCGAGCCUUUCGGGCAAAACAUUGUGCCAUUGAGAAGAAAGUCCAGAAGCCUCCAGAGGACCCCCACUUAUUUUUUAAUCCACAUGAAGAACGUUUUUUCUUCUUUUUUUUUAAGAAAAGAAAACAAAUGAAACUCUGUUGUUGGAGAGUGAACGAGGACGAAUGCUUUGUCCUCCUGCACACUUCGUUGUCGUGUCCAUUGUCUGACCACUGAGAAUGUUUUUCAUAUGAACUCCGAGAAGAGGCCAACAUCACAAUCAUGUUAUUCAGUGUCGCUGUCGUCAGUUUUUUUUUUUUGAUCUGUACAGAUUAUAUUCAGUCGUAUAUUUUUAUUUUUGUGUGUUUUCCUUUCUUUACUUGCAAAGCCCUCGCCAUAGUUUAAGGACAUUUAAUCUGACUGUAAAGUUUCUGCCAGGUGAGAAUUUGAAGUGCUCAAAGCAUCGUCACCGAGCGGUCAGCUCCAGACAUCUCGACUACUACUGCUGCUUCUUGACUUGAAAUCAAAGAAAGGGUCUUCACCCGAUGCUUCUUUUGGUCUAGGGGCCCGAUCUUUGUCUGUUUUCACACUUUGCUUCAAGGUCUGCAUACAAGAACCCACAUAAUAAUAAUAAUAAUAAUAAUAAUAUUAGUAAUAAUAAUACUCUUUAGUAUAAAACAGUAGUCCAUCCAGUGUUAAAUGUGACUUACACUGUUAAAUUUAACACAUUACUAAUGUUGGAAAUUAGAUAAUUGAAAAUGCUCGUUGGCCAGAAGAAAUUAUGCUAAAUAUUUAAUAUUCUUUUCUUUCUAAUGCCCUCUAGUGGCUCUGUAGAUUUUCAGUUGACCUCAGUGCUAAAGAUCCAAGUGCCACUUUGUGUUGCAGUAUCUUUUAGAGCAAUAAAAUCAAACAAAGUUAAUUAUUUUUAGAGCUAAGUUCAGUUGGAUGUCAUUUUUUUUUCUUUUUUUUUUGGUGGGAGGGGUUCAUUUCUAAAUGAACAUCUGGUUGUGGUGAACAUGAAAGCAUUUUUGUUGUUACCUCAGUCAAAGUGAAAACAGUGUUUUGCAGUUAAAAGCUAUCAAAACCAAAUUCAUCCUGUCCCUCUUGAAGCAGCAGACAAACCCCUUGUGGUAAAAAAAAAUAUCUGAUUGACAGUGAACACAAUGACGGAGGAAGCAAAGAUAUUGUAAGAUGUGCAGAAAUCCAUAAGGAAGCGCUGAGCUGUUAUUUGGGAACAUACGAAACUCAGCUUUUCCAGGUUUCUGUCAUGUCAUUGAAAUGCUCCCCACACUGUUCUGUGAUCAGUUACCUUUUUUUAAAUCCGGCAGAGGAACCAGCUGAUGGCGUUUUGUCAAUUUGCAUGUUAUAUAUGAACUGACUUAAUGUUGGAGAGCUGUUGAUAUGAAUCACUACAGGGGGAGGGCAGGGUAUAUUAUAUAUAUACUGUAUGUACACAAUUAAGCUGAAAGCACUAAUUUUAUCAAUAGUUUUAAUUAUCUACAUUUGUUAAUGAUGAAAAUAGAUUGUACAAAGUUGUUUUUUAUUCGCUUGUGCAUGUUGUUGCCAGAACAGACGAAGACUUUAUAGAUGGUACACAAAUACUCAAGUCACAACUGUUGCAGAUAACCCCGGUGUAAAAAAAAAAAGAAGGCAUUUCUGCAGUCGUUGUUGCCCAUCAUAAAUGCACAAAUUAAACAUUUGUAAUAGUGGGA